AAGAAGAGGAAGGAGAAGAAAGGAGGAACAACUUUCCGGACUGUUCCCGAGUUCUGAGGAAAGUCCCGGUCCAGACUGUAGCGUAGCAGCAGACCAGCAGACUGAUGAUGGUUUCUGUGGAGAAAUGACGCCAUCACCAUGUUCUGCUAUGGAACUCUACUGCUGUGGAUUCACGUCGUCGCCGCAGGAAACCACUCGUCACGAGUGAAAAACAGGAUAGAUGCUGAAUCUCUACAUCACACAAAACAGCAGCGAAGCAUAAGAUGACGACGCCAGCACCACCAGAGAAAAUCCAUAUUGAGAAGUGGCUGCUGACAUGGACUCCAGCCACAGAGGAGAGAGACGUCACCUACACGGUUCAGUACAGCAGCUUUGACACCGGUGUGUGGAAAGAUGUACCUGCCUGCGUCAACACAUCUUUCACUUUCUGUAACGUUACCUUCAGCAAAACUGAGAAUGAGCACGGCUGUGUUAUGCUGAGUGUGCGAACAGAGAGACGUGGGCUGACUUCAAGACCGGUCCAGGCCUGCAGCAGACACGGUGACUCCUGUACACCUGAAGUCAGUCUGACUGCGCGGCCUGGAUCCCUGACCGUGUAUCUGAGCCAGGACCACAGUCUGUUUCAGGAUUAUGGAGGCCACAUACAACACAGGGUUUACUACGGCAUGGAGGGAGAGUCACUACAGGAGAAGUAUGUAGAUGGUGUUGCCUCAGUGUCCAUCAAGAGCCUGAAGGAGGGGCAGCGGUACUGUACCAAGGUGCAGUACAUGUACUUCACUAAACUUAUUGGACCGGAAAGUUGUACUCAGUGUGAAGUCAUCCCCAGGUCAAGAGAUAAGUCAGUACAGACAGAAGUAAUAGUAGUGGUGAUGGUUGCUGUCAUCAUGUUUCUAAUUGCUGUGAUGGCAUACUUCCUCAUCUGCCACCGUGGGAGAAUCAAACAGUUGCUGCGACCUCCGUGCGAGAUCCCAGACUUUCUCCUGGAGCCUUAUCCUGAGAAUCACAUCUUCAGCUCUCCCAGCAGCCCCAGUGAGGAGCGCUAUGAUGUCCUUUCCUUCAUUACCACAAAGGAAAUCAGAGGAGACCCCAGAACAACAACUUCGUUUUAAUCUGGGAGGAAACACUGGACCUUGUCAUCCUGUGAGAGGAGCAGGAUGUUCAGUGAAGGCUGAGGACUGAUCACAUGAUCUCAGAUCAGCACCAAGGACUACAACAGAACAACAGAACAGGGACUUGAUCUUUAGAUUCAUAGGAGCCACUUCACCUCUGCCUCGGUCCAGAUUUAGUGAUGUGUUUCUAAACGUGAGGAGGGUUAUUUUAUUGUCAUUAUCUGCCAAUUAUUUUUACAUAAAUUGUUUGGUCUGUAAAAUUUCAGAGAAUGCCAUUGUAUGUGAAACAUGUUUCGUUUUCUUCGACUGGAAGCAGAGUUUUCAGUUAAACUCAGAGAAGAGAGAGGAGCUAGGUAAUGGUGGUAGAUGAUUUAUCUGGUGACUGAUGGAUGAAUGAACUCCCCUGGGCUCACAGUGAACAGUGACACCUGCCGGAUGGUUUCUCACUGGACAUAGAUUAUAGUCAAAACUCAAUGAUUGUUCUCUACCCAUGUGCAAAGUGUCAAUAUUUUAAUGACACAUUGUCAAUAAAACAAUGUAGCAUAAAGCUGCAUUCAGGUGCUCCUCAGAUGUUCCUGUUCCCUGAGUUGGGGAGUCGCCUUCAGUGUGAUCAUGUGCUUCUUGUUCUGUAUUUUACUGCUUCAUGUUGAAACGAUUCAAUGCUAUUUCCUGUAUCUCUAACUUGUUAUCAGAGUGACUGCUGAUGAAUACCUUUCUAACGAAACCAGGUCACUCUAAUGAACAGUUACAACAUAACACCAUGUUAUUAAGUAAAUGUUUGAUAUGUGAAUUUGCACCAUUAAUGUAAGUUUCUCUGUAUGACGUCAACAACUUGAUGUGAAAGUCAUGAACCAACAUUGUCACAACUCGGAGUUGUUGUUAUACGUUCAUGUGAAUUAACUAAUGUUUCUGAUGAUUCCUCAGUCUUAAUGAGUUGAAGGGUCGUUGGUGAUGAUAUGAGGAUAUAUUAUAAUUUCUGAUAUGAAUAGUUUUUCUUACCUUUUUUUUUUUGUUAAAUUUUUUUAAAGACCAAUCAAUAAAUCAAUGUUUUUUGAUUAUCCUAAGCUUUCUAAUGAUUGACAUUAAAUGUCAAUGUCAUGUUUAAAGUUUUAAAGUUUAAUCCAUGAUUUAACGUAUAAGUAGGUCAAUCCAAAAAUAACGCUUGUCCAUCCAAACAUCUCGUUAUCGGUUGGCAAACGAUGUUGGCAGUUGGCAGAUCUCGCGAGAGUAUGCCACUGAGACAGAGGAAGGUCUCCAAUAAAGUCAAUUUUCUCCUGA